AUGGCAAGUGCUUAUCUCUACCGGCAUAUAUCCUAUUGGCAGCAGAACAUGCCACGGACCACGCGUUGUUGCACGUUUGGGGCAAUCGACAAGGCUGUUAGCAAGCAAGCAAGUGAUCCCGCAUCACCUCGACCACAAGUGCUUACCCAUCAAGGGCUAUCCGAGCCCGUUACGCAGAUUCGAGGCAGUGCAAGCGGGGUUGAUGCAUGCCACGGGAUGCCCCGGCCUUAUCACCAGAAUGCCGCCGGGAGCCUGCUCCUAGAUCUUCGUACGGAAAUGCAGGAUGACCCUGACGUAGCUCCGAAAUACGGUUAUCACCCGACCAAGAUGACCAGUGGCCCCUUUGCGCGAUAUACCCACCGCCUCACGGGGUUACAGGCCUCAGGCAUCAGUGCACCAAUAGAUUCAGCCGCAAAGCGUUGCGAAUUGCCACCGUUGGCUCAAAGUUUCGUGUUGAGAUUUCAAACCCACCGAAGAGGGGAAUUCCGUGACCGGGUUGGGCGAUCGGGAGAUGGGAGGCACGCGGCUCCGCAGGUGACUGAGAUGGAGGCUUUGAGGCUGCAAAUGAUGGCAGCCGCGCAGGUCCGAUGGAUGAUGAAAUCCAUGGCCCAAACCAAGUCUGGUCCGAUUACCAAUUCCGAAAGGGGGGCAAAAAGAGGUGUGCCUUUUCUACGGUCGGUCAUUACUAAAAUUAGCGUUGGACCAGCUGGUAGUAGUAAUAGUAGUAGUAGUGGUGGUGGUGGUGGUGGUGGUAGUGGUAGUGUGGCAGUCAGUCGCACGGCUCACUCGAAUGCAGCCUUGCCCAGGUUGUCCCCUGGUAACGCGUCAAAUGCUCUCCAGGGUACGGAACUUUCAUUCCCACUAUGA